UCCUCUUUUCUCCAAGUGCUGCAGAGGAGCUGCUUACUGCAUCGCGGGGGAGGAAGUAUAGACCAGAAAGAAAAGGAGAAGGGGAAAGAAGAAAAGAAAAGCUGAAAGCUCUUCAUCACACCACACUUCCGUGCUGGGAUAGCGUGGGGAAUACCGGGUGUGAGAGGACGCGCGCGCUCUGCUGGAUCCCCGCGGCUUUUCUUCCCCCUCCGCCGUGUGUAUCUCUGGCUCUUUUGGAUGGAUCCGACCUACACCUCGGGUUCACGUAAAGAGGACAUCGACCUUUACAUUGCAAACUGAGUGCCAUCUUUUGCUUCACAUUUGUACCAUUUAAACCGCAGUAAAAAUGGAGAACACAUACAGAGAGAGAACUUCUCUUGCCCGUGGCGCUCGCGAUAUCGCCAAAGAAGCCAAACGGCACGCGGUCAAAAAAGUCAACAAAGCCAUAGACCGCGCAUCAGACGAGUACUCAGGCCGCACGUAUCACCGCUUUGAAAAUGACGAGGAAGACGAGGGUGGAGACAACGACCGCUACUACUAUCAGGAUGGUCAAGCGCAGCAACAUGAGGAUGAUGAAGGAUCCAGUGAUGCCACCGAAGGCCAUGACGAUGAAGACGAGAUCUACGAGGGCGAGUACCAGGGCGUGCCCGGAGAUGGACAGGUGGCACUGGGGCGGCCGGUAGCAGAUGGGACGAAGGACAGGAAAGAGCUGGAGAAAGAGCGAGAGGCAGAGGAGGAGGAGCUAGCACAGCAAUACGAGCUGAUCAUCCAGGACUGCGGACAUGGCCGCUUCCAGUGGCAGCUCUUCUUCGUUCUGGGGUUGGCGCUCAUGUCCGAUGGUGUGGAGGUUUUCGUUGUUGGGUUCGUGUUGCCCAGCGCAGAGACGGACAUGUGUGUGCCCAACUCUGGAGCAGGGUGGCUGGGUAGUAUUGUGUACCUGGGGAUGAUGGUGGGAGCAUUUUUCUGGGGCGGUUUGUCGGAUAAAGUGGGCCGGAGGCAGUGUUUGCUGGUGUGUAUGUCCGUGAAUGGCUUCUUCGCCUUCCUGUCCUCGUUCGUGCAGGGCUACAGCACUUUCCUCUUCUGCAGGAUGCUCUCGGGAUUUGGGAUCGGCGGGGCCGUGCCCAUCGUGUUCUCGUACUUUGCCGAGUUCCUGGCGAGGGAGAAGCGCGGCGAGCACCUGAGCUGGCUCUGCAUGUUCUGGAUGAUAGGCGGCAUCUACGCUUCAGCCAUGGCCUGGGCCAUCAUCCCCCACUACGGCUGGAGUUUCAGCAUGGGCUCAGCAUAUCAGUUCCACAGUUGGAGAGUGUUUGUGGUCGUCUGCGCACUACCGUGUGUCUGCGCAGUCGUCUCUCUUACCUUCAUGCCAGAAAGUCCACGCUUCUUCCUGGAGACGGGGAAACACGAUGAGGCGUGGAUGGUACUGAAACAGAUCCACGAUACCAACAUGCGUGCACGAGGAGAGCCAGAGAAAGUUUUUACUGUGAACCGUAUAAAGAUCCCUAAGCAGUUGGAUGAGUUUGUUGAGAUGCAGUCCGAGUCGGCAAACCCUGCGGCUAAAGUCCUCUUCCGAAUCCGGAGUGAACUCCGCGGAAUUUGGCUUACGUUCCUAAAGUGCUGGGAUUACCCUGUGAAAGACAACACGAUGAAGCUGGCUAUAGUGUGGUUCUCUCUGUCUUUUGGGUACUAUGGUCUUUCGGUGUGGUUUCCCGAUGUCAUAAAGCACCUUCAAGCGGACGAGUACGCAGCGAGGGUGAAGAUCUACAACAACGAGCGCAUCGAAGAUUUCACUUUCAACUUUACGCUGGAGAACCAGGUGCACUCCGGCGGGUCCUUCAUCAACGACAGGUUCAUCGGUAUGAAGUUUAAAUCGGUCACCUUUAAAGAUUCCAUCUUCCAGAAUUGCUUCUUCGAUGACGUCACUUCAGUCGGGACUUUCUUCAAGAACUGCACCAUCCUGGACACGUUCUUCUACAAUACAGAUAUCGAUGACUCAAAACUUAUCGGCUCGUCAGUGAUCAACAGCACAUUUGUGCACAAUAAGACGGGCUGCCAGGUCACCUUCGACGACGACUACAGUGCCUACUGGGUGUACUUUAUCAACUUCCUAGGGACUCUGGCUGUGUUGCCGGGCAACAUAGUUUCCGCCCUGCUGAUGGACAAAGUCGGGCGGUUGAGCAUGCUCGGAGGCUCGAUGGUUCUGUCUGGUAUUAGUUGUUUCUUCCUGUGGUUCGGCACCAGCGAGUCGAUGAUGAUCGCCAUGCUCUGCCUCUAUAACGGCCUCAGCAUAUCCGCCUGGAACUCUCUGGAUGUAGUCACAGCUGAGCUGUAUCCCACUGACAGGAGGGGUACUGGAUUCGGGUUCUGUAAUGCCAUGUGUAAGCUAGCGGCCGUGUUGGGGAACCUGAUUUUCGGCUCGUUGGUGGGCAUCACUAAAGCCAUUCCCAUCCUCCUGGCAUCAGGCGUGCUGGUGGCCGGCGGCCUCGUGGGACUACGACUCCCAGACACGCGUGCCAACGUCCUCAUGUGACCCCCGACCUCUGACCCCUCCCCUCCAACCAGAGAGUUGCAACGGAAACAAGAAGGACACUCCGGGUUGGGGCAGCUGCAACAGGCUACAACAUCGUCUGAUUAUUUAUUGAGUUGUAUGCUCAGUGUCAGAAUGUUAAUAUAUUUAUUUAUUUAAAGCUGCAGUAUGUAACAUUUGCAGAUUUGGGGAUCUGAAGACCUCUCUGGUGAAAAUAUUUUACUGCAGGCCUGUCAGAGAAAAACAUUUGAUAACACUGUUUUGAUGCCUACUGAUAUAAUGAUUCUGGGCCAAUUCUGGCUUCACAACAACGUCACUGAGAGCAGCUGUACCUUCUUUCGUGCCUAAUAUUUUGGCGUCAAUCUGCGAUGAUGUAUAAAUCUUAAAAAAAAAAACAACUUACAGCAAAACCUGACAGCUCGGACCUUCCAAAACUGCACAAUUUUCCAAAAACAGUUUUUUUUUAAAUAAUGAAAUAAAGUUCUUUCAUUUUGAGCAAAAAGUUACUUACUGCAGCUUUAAUCUGAAGUCAUAUUUACUGAAGUUAAAUCCUGUUUAAAAAAAGCCCAAUCUUGACUAAAUACUGCAAAACAAAUGCCUUAGCCGAACUAUCAUAAAUCUUACAGUGCCAAAAGCAGACGCUAAGUCAUAAGAUGAAAAUAUUAGUCUGUUCAUUUUUAUAACAGAGAUACGUGAUUUUGCCUGGGCUUUUGUCAUUUAACCAUGUUGAAUUUUUUUUUUUCAUUCUUGUUUUAUGAUGGACGAUGUUUAAGCCUUCCCGAGUCGAUCCGAGGCCAUUGAAAAUAACACUCCUGUUAGUGUAGGCACAGUCCCUACUGACUUCUGCUAGAAACACACAGAAAAAAAAGAAAUUCCCUUUUUUCUAUUUGUGACUAUUUUAAAACAGAAGCUAUUUUAAAGCAGCGAUAAGGCUUUAGUCUUUGUUCUUGUCUUUGUGAGCCGUGAGGUUAAUCUACGCUUAUUUGCAAGGGCUUUGCUUUAUAGUACUUGUGCUUUUAUUAAUUUUUGGUGUGUCUGUCUUUCUGUCUCUCUGUUUGUUUUUCCUCUAAUCCGAGUCUGCAUGUACGUCCGAGUGUGUGUACGUGUGACGGCCCUUGCUACGCUGCUAUGCUGUAGUGUUUCUCAGUCAUGCUGCUGUGCGUUCAGUCUAAUCACGGAAUGGCCUUUUUUCUCAAUACCGUGCCUCUUUCCCCUAACUUUUCAUCUGUGCUCUUCUGUAUGCCUGCUGCACGUCAGUGUUUCAUUCCGCUGUGUGUGUGUGUGUGUGUGUGUGUGUGUCAAUCUCCUACCUGCUCUUCCACCUGGAAGGAACACGACUACAGUCGGGCUAGACGUAUUGUUGCUUGACCCGAAAUGAGUGACAGGUCACCUGAUCAGGAAGAAUUGGUCAGUGCAGUGUGUCCAAACCAACACCCAGUUAAUAAUUUCAAGUUAGCAGAAUGUUGAAAUGAGGAAGCGAUGAUGCAUUUCUGCCAGAGAAAGCAUCACCUGCACCGUAGUUCCAGGAACCUUUUAAGUUUACUGUGUUCCAGAUACUUUUCCACAGAGCAGGAACUAUUGGGGUGGAGGCUGUCACACUGAUUGCUGCUGAGGUCAGGCUCAUGUUUUCACAGAAUUUAUUAAGAACCGACAUUUAGAUAAAAAUCAGUUACUAAAUCGUGUUUUUUUAUUUAGAUUUUUUUAUAGAAUUUAUACAUGCUUCUAGUGGUAGCCCUUAUGAAAAUAUGGUAUAUUUGAAAAAUAUAAUACAAGUAAUAUACUGCAUAGUUUACUACUUUGUGUAGUCUCCAUGCACUCAUUCUGUACAUGUUUUGAAUUCAAUUAUGACAAAAAAAAUGCUCGUAAGUUAUUACAGUUAUUACAGUUUUGAGUUAAAAUGCUUUAAAAAUACAUUUAGUACAUCAGUAAUAGACCUAUAAAUGAUUGUACUUUACUUUUAAGUAAACUACGCAUUGAUACACUGAUUAGAAGUACUCAUGAAAGUACACUUUCAAGAUAAAAAUAAGAUCAAAUAUAGCUCAUUCUCCUCAUUUUCUUUCUUUCUGUCCUAGCCUACUCUCCCUUCUGCACCAGGCUUCAAACUCGUGAUAUAAUAACUCAAUAAUUAAAUGAAUAAUUUACCUUAUAAUGAGUGAUAACCCAAUAAAUGAUUUAGUAUACAUACUAAACAUUAGUGUUCAGAAAUAAGGUAUAUUUUUGCAUAGUUAUGUCCAUCUACAAAUAUUUAAAGUACUUUAUAGGUAAUAUAUUUUGACAUGGUAAUAUAUUACUAUUAAUACUAUAUACUAUAAUACUAUAAGUAUUACUUGUAGUAAUAUUUACACUCUUCUAUUACUUACAGUCUAGUUAUAUUUUUUCAAAAGGAGCAAAAUUAGACACAAAGUAUAAAAUGACUUUUCUUCAUGCACACUUCUCAUGUUGUUAUUAAUGUUAGCGUCGUAUCUGUGCAACGAAGCUGACUUUCCCAAAAAACAUCGUAAAGUUAAGACCACUUUAAAUGGUAAGAGAGUGUUCAAUGUGAUGCUCGCUCUACCAUUAAAUGAUGAUCUUUGUACUACGAUGCUUUUGGGGAAUCUCAGCCCAGAGCUUAAAGUUCAACCUCCAGCAUGUUUAUUGUGUUGCUGUACUUUUUGCUAAAAUGGCAUAACCAUCACAGUGUGUGUCUCCUCUGUUAUUUUACACAAUGAUCCUGGUUCCUGGAGUGCACACAGAACACAGAACGCAGGAACUUAUCCUGGAACUGUGUAGUUCUUCUUUAGGUUCUGGAAAAUAUUGUUGUUGUUUUUCACUGCACUGGAUUGUGUGUGAUAUUUCUCUGGUCUUCUCUAAAAGGGAACACUGCAGAGAUAUCGUAAAUUGACCUGCGUGUCUGAACGUCACACUUUGCACCAUCUUGUCUAGGAACAGAGGAUUAAACAGUCACUAAACCUGCACACACCUGACCUGGUUUUUCACUUCGGCACCGGCUGCUAUUGUGUUUGGAUCAGACGUUAAUGUUUCAUAGGAACUUUUUUUCAUGAACCCAUGUGCCAUACAACAUUUGCAAUACAAUACAGGGUUGAUUUUUUUCUUUUUUCUUUUUUUUUUUUUUUUACUUUGAUGAGUGAAUGUUAUAUAUAAAUAUAUUGUAUAGAGUGGUUUUAUUGUUUUAUUUUAUUCGAUUUUAAUUUGCUCCAUUACUUUUGUGUAUUGCAGUGGAUAAAAGAUUCCCCUCUAGUGGUGAUCGAAACUUCUUGUAAUAUUGUUUUUUUUUAACAUAUUUCCCAUUCCAAUGGCACAAAUUAACAAUCUGGACAUUCCUCACAGUUCUUUAACAUUUUGGCCAAAAAGAAAAGCACAAUCGUACUCACGUGUGUUUCCGGUGUCUUAUUGUAGAUCACCACAGAAGGGGAACCUGAAACCCGGAUCAGACAUGGUUCAUUCAUGUGGCAGCUCAACACAAUCCAUUCACCUGCUUCCUUUCUCCCCUCCGCUGAACAAAUGCAAAAUAAACCAACACAGCACUCAAACAAAUAAUACUGAUUCUAAUUCUAAUGUUGUCUUUAAACCAGCUGUUGCAUGCGUGUUAUGGAGAUUUCUCUUUGUGUUUCGGCUUAAUGUGUGUCGUGUUCUCGGAUGUGGAGCAGAAUAAAAAAAGCGUGUAUGAUUUCGGUGAUUUGUUGUGUAUGAUGUAUGAUGUAUGAUGUGACUGAGUCUCUCGGGAUGUUGUGGCUCAGCUUCUAUAGAGUUUAUUAAAUGUCUGUAAAGUCUUCGGCCAAAUAUUUCCUCUCGAUAUGAUUUAUUUUGAAGAGAGAAAAGUCAUGUAAAUUGUAGAGUGGUUUCGAAGUGGAUUCAGUUUUGGA